AUGGCGAGGAUCAUGGCCUACUUGAUCGCCUACCAAGGCAUGGCCGACGACAUCAGCGACAUCAACGCGGCCGAGGAGGUCAACAAGGACAUCGACGCCAUCGAGUGCACCGACAUGAUCCAGGAGCUGACGAAGCGUUUCAACGUGUCGGCGAUUCGAACAGUAAGGCGUGCACAUGUCAGCCUAGGCCGCCCUUCGAACGCAGCGCUGGCGGUCGCCUCGCAGCAUGCGGGUGCCCCGGCAGUGUGGAUCCAGUGCGCCAGGCUCUUCCGGUGCGGGAUCUGUCUAGGCGGGCAGAGGCCCCCAGCGGUGCGCGUCGCAGUGCUGCCGAGGGCCAAGAGGUUCAACGAGGUGGUCUGCGCCGACGUCUACUACAUCACGUGGAAGAAAAGGGAGAUGACUAUCUUGGUUAUUCUGGGCGAGUUUACGCGCUGCGAGGUCGACUACGCGAUCUCGAAGGAGACGUUCCUGAAUGAGUCGAAACUAUGGAAGAAGCUGUGGAUCAGCUGGGCCAAGCCUGAGGCGACGCGCAUGGACGUGGGGAAGGGCUCGCACCCGGCCAAGCGCACGCGCGACUGGAUGAGCAAGCACGGCAUCAAGCUCGCCCUGACCCCGAAGGACGACUCGCUUAAGGCCGCCCUCAGGAUGACCGCCGGCCAGCCGGGCACCCUGCGGAGCGCGCACGGGUUCUCGCCCGCGGCGCUGGUCUCGGGGGCGCAGCCCAAGGUCACUGGCGCCCUCAGCGACGAGGACUUCGGCCUGUCGGGCCAGGCCGCGCUGGUCGACCCCAAGACCGUGGUGCACGAGCUGAUGAUCAGGCGAAUGGCUGCCAUCGGAGAGCGGGUCUGCUUCUGGCGACCCGAGCAGACGCAGGGGCUGGAGAAUAACCAUUUGCACGGCCCAGCGCUGGCGGUAGCAGCGGAGGCGAAGGUCAACGAGGACAACGCGAUGCACUCCUCGGUGGUGUGGGCGACCCACGGGCGCGCGAUCCACCGCUGCACCCAAGAUCGAGAGAAGCUCAGGAGCGUGCUCAGACGGACGAAGGGAACCUGCGAGUACCAGUACCUCGCCGAGGAGGGGCGAUUGCCCCAGCACGACGACCACAUGGGCGACAUGGGCGAGCAGCAGCCACCAUGCGGCCAGGCGCCCAUGGAGACGGACGAGACCGACGGCCCGACAGGAGGAGCUGCCGCGGCGGCUCCUGGAGGUCCUCACCCGACGACGGCUGGCGAGCACCGGGAUGGCGGACCAGCUGCGGCCAGCGCCAGCGCGUCGGGCAGCGCUGCGCAGGAGCCUUGCAGGUUCCACAUCGCGGCGAUGGCUAAGAGGAUUCGCGCCCGCCUGUCGUGGGCGCAGCUCGCCCCGCAGCGCGAGGAGGCUGCGCUCGCCGACGAGGUGGGCGAUGAGGUGCUGUUGUUGGUGGAGUCCACCGAGACGGAGAAGGGCCAGUCCUACGCGGCGAUGCUGGAGGCCCUCGAGGUUCUCAAUCGCGGCGGCGGCUGGGAGCCCAUCAGCGAGGCGAACGUGGAUCCCAGAGUUUACUGCCCGCCGCGCUUCCUGCUCAAGUGGAAGACGAAGGACGGGCAGAAGGGCCAGCUCGACAUGAAGGCGCCGACCCUCAGCAGGCAUGGCCGACGCACGGCCAUGCCCUGGGCGUCUCUAAGGAAGUGGAGGUUGUUCAGCGCGGGCGUCAAGUCUGCAUUUCUGCAGGCUGAGGACGCGAUCGCACGUGGCCUCAAGCUGCACGCGAGCCCGACGAAGGAGAUGAGAGGGAUGCUCCCUUACCAGAUCGGCCUGCAGCCUGGACGGCUGUUCAAGAUGAUCAAGCCGUGCUUUGGUGACCCGCGGUCGCCCGAGCUUUGGCGCGAUCGUUCCGAAGAGGUCGCGAAGGAGACUAGGCUCAAGGACCACGAGCUCGAGGAUCGCCUGUUGCUGCCCCUGCGCCUGGCGAGGGUCGACGACGAUCCGUUCGACGCGCGCAGCUUCGAGGGCCAGACCUACGUGGUAGAUGGCCUGAACGGCAAGCGCGUGGACGACUUCAUCGGGCGCGGCGAGGGCGCGACGAACGAACAGGACCUCCACGCGAAGCUUGACGAUACCGAGUGCUUCCAUGCGCGGCUAGGGAUGCUCAGCGAGAAGCUUAAGUUCUGCAAGUGGGAGUUCGGACCGAGUCUGGUCUUCACUGGAGGCGAAGUCCAGCAGUCUCUGAGCACCUACGGCAUGACCCUCAAGUUCGAGCAGUACCUGCAUGCGGUGAAGCCCAUCAUCGUCGAGAAGCAUCGGAGAGCCGACCCCGCGAGCGCGCUUUCGCCGAAGGAGCUGACGAACUUCAGGACCUUGAAUGGACAAUUGCAGUGGCCCGCAGCCCAAGGAGUGAUCAUAGCAGCGGCUACUGUGCCCUUCCGAGCUUCGGCGACUGGUCGAGCCAUCGUGCAGGACUUCUUCUGUGCGAGCAAGGGCUUGCGCUUUCUGAAGGCCAACGGGGACGUAGGGCUGUACUUCGGGUUCAACAAGGCCCAGAGUCAACUGCGAGGUGGCAGCAACACCGACGCGAGCUGGGCGAGCCGACAUGACGGAAGUUCGCAAGGAGACCACGCAAUCUUCAUUGGCCCCGCGGACGAGCUCGACGCCGGCACCCCCGCACCUUUCGUGGCCAUGGAGUGGGCCUCGAAGAAGUUGCAGCGUCUUUGCAGGAGCUCGCUGUCAGCAGAGGCACAGGCAGCAGCCCUGGGUGCGGAUUCGCUAAUGUGGGUGAAGGUUUUCCUGGCGUUGAGCCUGCGACUUAACCUGGAGCUCGAAGAGGCGAUGGUGUACCUGGGAGAGUCGCCGUUCAUCACUGACGCGAAGUUUCUCUACGACGCGUCGCGCUCGGCGACGGCAGGCCUGGGCAUCGCGGAGAAGAGGGCGGCCAUCGAGGUGAAGAUCGUGAACGAGCAGAUGGCAGAGAUCGGCGCCACCUGGAUAUGGGUGAAUACGCAGCAGCAGACGGCGGACGGACCUACCAAGCUCUCGGCCCGUCAGAUGAUGGCCGCCGUGCUACGACGUGGAGUGCAUGCGCCACGAUAUGAUCCUGACUUCUUGGCCGGCAAGAAGCUGCCCAAGAGAGCCAUGGAGCAACGCGAGAAGGAGCUGGAUGACGCCGGCGAGGCGCUACACGACACCUUCGAAACACCGCCUGCGACGAUGGCGAAGGCGGAGGCGAAAGCCAAGACCCAGCGCCAGCAGCAGUGCGGCGGGUCAGGCAUUGGGCUGUUCAGUCCACCGAUGACAGACGACUGGAACGACAUGAUUCUGAAGAUGAUGGUUUUUGGUUUCGUGCUGGGGCUUGUGGUGACGUUAUGCUGCGGGUUCCGUGUUGGAGCAUGGUGGGCAUGCUGGACCAAGCAGACCGAGUCCGACACGAAAAUCAAGGAGGUGCGUGAUCCCAAGUCGGAGCCGCUGCAGCUCAGUGUCGCGACCACCGCGGCCAGGACGGACCCGAAGCCGACGAAGCCGAAGAGGACGCGCAACGUGCUCGUCCAGUCGUAG